CAAGUAUGUGGUCACUGGGCUCAUAAUAUUGGCAAAGCUACUGACAAGAAGAAAACAUGCGACUCAUAUUUCGAUGCGACAUUGGCUCUUCGAAGUGUAGCAAGAAGUAAACAAAAGUGGGAGAGAAGCAGCAGCAGCAAGAAGAAAGGCAGCAGUAGGAAGUGCAGAAGUUUCCAUAACCCAGACAUCAGAUCUGAUUUCUGGUGUAUGGUUGUCGUAGAUUAGAUUUAAUGUGAUAAGGGAGUGAAUGAUGUUUGUAUGGAAGCAUGAGUGUGUCGCGUGCGUAUGGAAAACAAUGUGUGUAUGGCUCAAUGUUUGUACUGAGUGAACAGUGUGACCUAGGUGUUGUUUACAUAUAUGUAUAGUUGAGAGUGAGAAAGCGCGUUAUGCUGUUUGAAAGUGAGACGUAUGUCGUGUGUGUCGAUAGAGAGCGAAUAGAGACGAACGGAGAGAGUGUGCCAAAUAAUAGAAGAAAGAAUAUAUAUACAUAUAUUCGUUUAGUUAUUAUUAUCGUUGAUCGUGUUAAGUUUUCGUUUAUUAAAUACAAUAAUUGUUAUCGUCACCAUUUACUCGCACGAUUUAAGAUUCCAAAUGAAAAUAUUCAUUUCUAUUUCGAAAAGGAGAAAGUAGAAUAAAUUUAAAUUAAAAUUGAAAAGAAAAGAAAAUUCGUUUAAAUUGGGAUAAGGUAACCUAAGUUGAAGUCAACGUUGCAAAAACAAACGUAUGCAAAAACCAUUGCAAAAACAAAACGUAUGCGAAAAUAAAAAAAAAUUUAAACAAAAGGGGAACAUAUAUUUAUAAAAAUCGCCAGAGGUCAGUAAUGGCCCACCCUUGAUCAGGCUACUGCUGUAAAAGGAUCCCAUAAAACCCCAACGGCUUCCGCCGGCGAACGAGCCGCAAGCAACAGUAAAUAGCUCUGAGCCGAACAGGCCAGCCAAAUCUGCGGGCCAUGAAUCGGCUUUCUAGUGAUAUCAUUUCGGCUGCACCAAGUUGGCUAUGUCCACUCGCUUCACAUGUCUAUAUAUUCCGCGACGUUUCAUGAAGACCAUGCCUAAAACCCGCACGAUCGACCACGGCGCGGGGCACCGUGGCGCUCAACUCGAGCCCUUGCCGCAGAGAGGGAGAAAGAGGGCGUUGCAAAAUGUCUUCGGCUGACACGAGGGUUCGGUUCGAACAGAGCGAGAGUACAGCACGGUCUUCAGUCGCAUCUCGGCAUUGCACACGGGACGAUCGAGUUGAGUUUCUGAUGCGAGUAUAGUGUGCGUUAACCCUACCCAGAAAUAUACGUGAAACGUCGUAUAUGUAUUAGUGGCCAUAGGCGCAGGCUCUUCGCGCGUGUGUGUGUGUGUAUGCGUAACCGAUACGCCGCGCCGGACGGAGUUGACACACACGCGCAGCAAUGGCGUAGUAUCCCUCCGAGAGAGCCUGAACGUGUCUUCCUCGGUCGAAUAUCCUUUUGUGUAGCUGUGUGUGCGUGGUCGCGCGGUGUGUAACAGGGACAGGGCAGAGAGGAGAGUAGCCCCGAAAGAGAAAGAGAGAGAGAGAGAGAUAGAUAGUCGCAGAGAAGAGCGUAUGCGCGGAUGCCGACGAUAGAAACGCGAGGCAUUACAUUGGCGUAACACAACGGGGUUCGUGGCUCUCACAUACACACACAUACACACACACACGGGGACACACGGGGCUGCCAGAAACGGGAGAGCCCAGUGAAGCGACGUUUACGCCCAGCUUGGAGAGCCCAGCACCAUUGGUCGACGUGUGUAAUACACGCCGUGUCGAUCCUCGGUUUUGUUCCCACGGUGGUCCGUUUCCGAGCUUUCACCGAAAGGGCUUCGCCACAGUCAGAAAUCCUGACGAGAAGGCGUGAACGCGAUGCACGGCUAUUGCCGUCGGAAAGAUUCGUGCGGAGGGAUCGUCGUGACAAAGUGAAAUGUGAGAUCGUGCGUCCGGGGAAAGGGUUGUCGAACGGACGAGACAACAAGAAUUCAUAAAUCGCCCUUGGGGGAGAGAGAAAAAAGAGAGAUCGCAGAGAGAGUGAGAGAGAGAGAGGUAGGCAUGUCAGAGAGAGGAGGCUCCUACGAGUAGAUUUCAAGGAAAGCCGGUCCCCGGUUCCUAGAUCCGCAACACACCGUAGUCGGCUGCAACGGUUUCGUCUCUCAACAACCCCUUUUCCACGAGAUAUGCGAUAGAUAGUACCUUGCUCGUCCGGGGCUUUCCUUGGAGUUGGAUAUACCUGAAUUGGUCCAACCCUUGGAUUUGGUGACCCUCUCGCCGCGAUGAGACGUUCCCAUACUCUCCUGUCCGCAUCGCUCGAAGGUGAGCCCCUUUUGUAACGUGACAUCGCCCAAGUGCCAUUUCCGUCGCGACGUUGCGUUCGUCGAAUGCUAAUAGUCUCGUCGAGCGACCGUGUGACAAGCCGAGAAACCGAAAGAGGAGACAAGGGUGGUGAAGCAGCGACAGGGUGAAGCAGAACCCGAGGAUCGAAAAUUGCCGGUGGAUCGCGAGCGCGCGUCUCCCCGGGCCCCCCCUUGACAGGACCCCCGAGACCAACGCUGGGCGAGACGGAGAACGGGUGGUCGUCAUCGGGGAGAAUAAUCGCGAGGAUCCCACGAGAUGAAGGCCUAGCGUCCGAGGUGGAUCGUUGGUCAGCGGGAGCGCAAGAAGGGACGGUUCGCCGGCGGAAGCCUGGAUAGUAGGAGGUUUCCAACAUGGCCGCCGCCUGCUACGAGAAGGAAGUGGUAGUAGGUGCCGCUAUGCACGGACACGGUCAUCAUCAUCAUCACCAUCACCACCAUCACCAUCAUCAUCACCAUCACGGGGGGACGACGGGUCAGCAGACCGGCCAGCAGCCACCACCACCGCCGCAACAGCAGCAACAGCAGCAGCAACAGCAACAGCAACAACAACAGACUGUACCGUCACAGUCGCAGCAGCAGCAGCAGCAGCAGCAACAACAGACGGUUUUGCCAGCACUGGCGACGAUCUUGGAGACUGCGACCGUCAGCGCCGGCGGCACGGGCACGACGGCGAACACGACCGCUACCGCGCCCGCCGCAGCGGUGGCGGCCGCGGCCGCGGCCGCUGCCGUCGCGGUGACCACCUACAAGGACUACAAGGAUUACUCGCAGCCACUCCACGUGGACUGCAGCGUCGAGUACGAAUUGCCCAGCCAGGCGAAGCCGCCGCCCGGCGGCGGCGAGCCCCUUCUCAUGAUACACCCCUGUUACUACCGGCGCGCCGAACGCGAGAGGAGAAGUCCGUUCGUGAAUAACCUACCGCCGCCGGCGAACGCGCCCAUAACCUCCUCGAGAAGGUGCAGCAGGAGGAGCGCGGCGGCCGCGGCCGCGGCUGCCGCCGCCGCCGGCGUCGUCGUCGCUACCGCGACCGUGUCUUCGACCUCGUCCGCCGUCGCUGCUGCCGCGACGGAAGUAGCCUCCUCAAUCUCCACCUCGGCGGCAGUCUCCUCGACGAGUUCCGCCACGGCCGCCGUGCUAUCGGCCACCGCGGCGGUCGUCGCAACCACCACCGAGACCGCCGCGAAUCUCGCAUCCACAACCGGUCAGAUGUCUGCUGCCAUGGCUGCGUCCUAUCGGGCGGCGUUGAACGCUGCAGCGACGCUGUCUCAGCAGCAGCAACAGCAACAGCAACAACAACAACAGCAGCAAAGACGGCAUCAUCCUCAGCCGCAGCCGCAGCAGCAGCAGCAGCCGCAGCCGCCGCAGCAACACCAUCAUCAUCGCACGCUCGCCGCCGCCCAGCAUCCUCAUCAUGGUGGUCAGCAGCAAUCGCAACAGCAGCAAGGAAGCUCGGCGACGCCGACCACUUCCGGCAACGAAAUGAUUUCUACCGACGAGAAAGCAGUCAUAUCAGGUAUUUAUCAACAUUACUUCCGCGCGAUGCGCACUCACAAUCAUCAGCACCAGCAGCAGCAGCAACAGCAGCAACACCAGCCGCAGCAACAGCAGCAGCAGCAGCAGCAUCGAACCAACCAGCAUCAACUGCAUCAUCAACCUCACCAAAGCGACCGAAGUUCCUCCUCGUCGUCCGUCACUCCGACGGCCACGGCGCUCUCCGGUAUCUUACGGCAGAGCUACCAACAGACAUACAACGCGGCGAACAGUUGCUCGAACGCGUCGAACCACUUACGAGUAGCGACCGCGUCCGCCGUCGUCGCCCACCACCCGUACAGGCGGCCGUCGGCGACGUUGCUGUCGCGGGCGGCCUCCCAUUUGGGCCACCAGGUCUCCUCGUCGUCAUCGGUAUCCUCGUCGUCCUCCUCGUCCACGUCCAUCGGUGCUUCCAGCGGCGUCUCGUCCAGCGGCGUCUCCAGCGUGUACGCGAGCACGAUACACAGGCAUCACGCCAGCUCGUUGCAUGCCCUCCAAGCGGCCGGUUUUUACGAGACGCCCGGCUACCAUGCUCUCCUACCGCAGAGUUAGGUGACCACCAGCCCGUUCCAGACCGACCCCGUUGCCAGCCUUCAUUUAUUCACGUAAUCCGGCUGCGAAGCUCUCAGCCGCUCGCUUGCCUCUCCUUUCUCUCUCUCUCUCACACUCUUUCUAUCUAUCUAUCUCUAUCCUACCCAUUGUGCGACUUAUCUCUUCCACUCGUUAAAGAGCAUACGGGUUGGUCUAGUACACACCACGACGGGAUACAUCUAUCUCUGCGUACAUACCUACCCAACCGCCCCUUACCCACCCAUCUACUACCUACGUGUACGUACAGUAUGUACGCGAACGUACAUUACCGGCCGAAAGUUCGGGUCUUGAAUCUAUAAACUCCGGUAACUCGACGUCUCUCAACAGCUUCGUCUCGUUGACCCUUGCAUCGUGUCGCGGUAAAAAAAAAAGAAACGACCCAAAGAACAACCGACUUUUCAGUCUUUUCGUACACCUGUAGUUUGAAACUCUUCGGGGUACGAUCGUCGACUUUGGUCGCGAUGCAAUUUGCUAAUCGAUCGGUUUCCUAGUUGUCUCUGAAUUCUGUAAACGUGUACCACAUGGCGCACAGUGGGAGAAAAUUCAAAAGAGUCACUGUUUUCCAUAUCUGUCCGAAACGACAAUGUGUAAGAUAUGCUGAAAUGUCUUAAGUAAUCGUAAUUAGGUAACAGAACGAUCGAACAAUUCAUUAGGAAAUUAAUUUCAAGCGAGUUCCCCCCGAGCGAAUAUUACAAAGAUUAAAUUAUAUAGUACGUUAAUUUAGUAGUAUAGAAAAUGAUGAUUGUCAGGGGUUGUAUGAUUGUAAUUAAUGUAUAGAAAUUUUAUAUUACUUAUAUGCAAUAUAACGAUUCACACCCGAAAUGAAAUAAUUAAGUUCGAUUUAGUUUCCCAAACUUCGGUUAAGGUUUUUAGACAGAACGGCCCAAAUUGUGUCCUGGGAUUCCUAUUCGGACAUGUUCGUCGAAUAGUAUAUUUUCAUAUUACAUAAACUCUUUUGCGAUAUCUUCAGAAUUAUUUCACAAAAUAUGUAGCGCCACGUAUGCGGAACGAUCGCUACGAAUUGUCAGGCAAAAAAUUACCGAGAACAAUCUUUCGGACGAAAGUUACUCAGUAUUCGACUAACAAUAAAUUGUAUCAACAAGAAUCUGCAUAAAAGUUUUUAUUCGAUGAAAAAUAAA